GUUGCUUUUCACCAUACGUCAAAUAUUCACAUUGUACUUUCAGACUGGUAAAAUGUAUUUCUGCCACACUGAUUUCGUUCUAUCCUAAACUUAAGAAGCCAUGUUUCCUGUUGCACGAAUCUUAGGCUCGACAUCAUGCAACAGGCUAUUUCAACGUCAGGGGCUCUGUCGAGAAAGUGUUUGUUGGCCUUCCAAUGAGUUGCACAGAAAUUUACCAAGGCAUAGAAACUUUUGCCAAGGUAGAAACAUUUUCCACCCGAGGUCGAAUAAUAUUUUAAACAAACUUCCUGUCAAACGUCAAUUCACUGACAAAUUUUCCGAGAAGGGCAGAGGCGAGGAACUUAACUAUGUUCUCAAGCUUGCCUCAGAGCAAUUUAUGAAGAUAAAAAAGAACCGGGUUAAAGAAAUCGCCAAUGAUAUCGUGAAAUUGAAAGAGGAGAUCAAGACUUUGGAGUCCAAAACUAGCCACAAAUCAAGGAAACAGAAGGAGAAUCUCCUUAAGGAGUUGAAAGCUCUGAAGGAUUUGUUGGAGCAAUUCAAAAAGAGUCUCGAAAAAUGA